AUGAAAACUCUGAAGAUAAGCUUUAAUGGAAGACCAGUGAAGAUAAACUAUGCAGAGAAUGAUCUGCCUCAGAAGACAAAGGACUUUCCUGUCAAGACUUUGCAGAUCGACAGUAUCAUGUCUGUUCUUGAUUCCUUUGACCAGAACUAUCUCAAAGAAGUAAUUGAGUAUUUGAAAAAGAUGGUUAUAGACCAGCCAACACAGUUCAAAGAGCUUCUUGAUCGAAACCCUUCGCUUGUUGUUUCCAUUCUGACUGUGCUGGUCAAACUCAAUCUGGUCAGUAAAGAUAAAGUGCUUGAGCUGGUUGAAAGCUCAUUUGAUGUUGGUAAACAAAAAGAACAGAUAGCAGAAAGAAUUACAAAUAUGGGUGAAAAUGACCUCGCUGAUUUACCAGAAGACAUAAAAAAUAAAAUUAUAAAGCUCAAGUUUAUUCUCAGCAAGAAAGACGUUAAGUAA